CGCCCUCCGGCAGCGCCCCGCCCCGCCCCGCUUUGGGACACGUCGCAGCGACCGAAGCUUCAGCAGCGCCUUCCCACCGCGGGAGCAGCAGCAGGGCAUUUAUUGCUAUCUUCUUCUUCUUCUUCAGGUGAUUCCCAGACAGCUUUGGCUAUGAAAAUCUAAAAUGGACCCUGAAGAACAGGAGUUGCUUGCUGACUAUAGAUACAGAAAUUAUUCCUCUGCAAUUGAUAAAGCUUUGAGGAACUUUGAAUCUUCAAGUGAAUGGGCAGAUCUUAUAUCUUCUCUUGGAAAACUCAAUAAGGCUCUUCAAAGUAAUUUGAAGUACUCUCUCUUACCAAGGCGUCUUAUUAUCAGCAAGAGGUUGUCUCAGUGCUUACAUCCGGCUUUGCCUAGCGGGGUGCAUUUAAAGGCACUAGAGACGUAUGAAAUAAUAUUUAAAAUUAUUGGGACCAAAUGGCUUGCAAAAGACUUGUUUCUGUACAGCUCAGGCUUGUUUCCUUUGCUGGCAAAUGCAUCAAUGUCGGUGAGGCCUGUACUCCUUGGUCUGUAUGAGAAAUACUUUCUUCCCUUGCAGAAGUCUCUCCUACCAAGUCUUCAAGCCUUCAUAACUGGGCUUCUUCCUGGAUUAGAGGAAGGGUCAGAAAUCUAUGACAGAACAGAUGCUUUGCUUGUGAAGUUGUCUCUAUUAAUUGGUAAAGAAGUGCUAUAUUCAGCACUGUGGGGAAGCGUGCUAGCUAGCCCUUAUGUUAGACUACCUGCAUCGCUCUUUGUUGUUAGCCAUAUCAACAGAGAACUAUCUGGAAAACAACAGAACUAUAUGCUGGGGACUGAUGCUAAGCUUACGGUCAAAGCUUUUUGUGUGUCAAUGCUGGAUUCCAAUGUCCUUGUUCAAAGAAACACUUUGGAAGUGGUUCUCUUCUUCUUCCCAUUUUACUCCUCUCUGGAUCCCAAUGAAAGUGCUAUACCGCUUUCAAGGUCUGAUGUAGUUCACCUUCUCUCAGCGGCUGCCCAGACUCUCUUAAGAAGAGAUAUGUCAUUAAACAGAAGGUUAUAUGCAUGGUUACUAGGUUCUGAUAUUAAAGGAGGCACCUUUGCACCAGAUUCAUCAAUGUCUUUGGAGGACCCUUCCCUCUAUUUCUUUGGAAAAUAUUCCAGGGAUCUUUUAGUUGAGGGAUUGAUUGAAAUACUACAUCAGAAAUUUGCGGAGUCAGACUUGGAAGAACAGCAUCAUGCAUAUUUGAAACCGUUCCGCAUUCUCAUAAGCCUCCUUGACAAACCUGAAAUAGGGCCUCCAGUUGUUGGAGACUUGUUUCUUGAAGUAAUCAGGGCAUUUUAUUCCUAUUGCAAGGAUACCAUGGGUUCAGAUCUUAAACUUAGCUACAGUCAAAGUGGCAAUGUCCUUACCAGCGCAAUAAAAGAAAACAAGAAUGCAUCUGAGAUUGUUAAAACAGUUAAUCUUUUGAUCACAUCGUUAAGCACUGACUUUCUUUGGGAUUACAUGACCAGAUGUUUUGAAGACUGCUUCAGCGGCAGAAAUAAAUCGUUGCAGACACCACCACUGGCUAAGAACACUGGCACUCUUGCAACAGUUUCAGAACUCUGCACACUUCUGGUAUUUCUUCUAGAUGUGAUACCAUUGGAACUUUAUUCAGAAGUACAGACUCUUUAUCUGCCCCAGAUGCUCAGCUAUAUGGUGCAAUCUCUUCUUGAAAACAUGGAAACCAUAGGUUUACCAGAGCUCACUCAUGCCUUGAGGACAUGCUUCAAAGUUCUUAGCAAAGUGCAGAUGCCCCCUUCCUACCUAGGUACUGAAACGGGCAGCUCAGACACUAGUCCUGUGAAGGAAGAGAACUGUGAAAUGAUCUCAGAAGUUAAGGUGCUUCAAAACGAAGAUGACAUUCCUUUUCCUCCCCUCAAAUCUGAAGACAGUGGUAUAGGUCUCAGUGCUUCAUCUCCAGAGCUGUCAAAGCACUUGAGAAUGCCAAAGGUGACCCCUGAGAGAGAUGACGUCUGGAAAAAGGGUGGAAGCAUGCAGAAGGCCUUGCACUCCAUCCAGGAGCUAGUUGCAAAGUUUGCAAGUAAAUACGUAUUUGGUGUUCAUUUACAAGAUCCCAGUAAUGGCAGUGUUUCAGCAGUGCUUGCAAGCAGAGGGGAGAAAAAAGGAAACAAUUAUCGAGCUACUGGAAAUGCUGGCAAGAAAAGGAGCUCAUGGGACUCAAAGCAAAUUACUGUCCCUCAGUUUAAGCAGAUGCUGUCAGACUUAUUCACAGUUCGAGGAUCACCAUUUAAACAGAAAGGUCUGGAGCCUCAGUCUCAUUCGGAUGACCAUGGUAGUUACAAGGGGAAAGAGGAGGAAGAAUGGGACAUUGACCAAGUCAUGCUUGACUUGGGAGAUACAAGAGAAGACUGCAGAGAGGCCUUUGCUGCUGUGUGCUACCUCUUGUUGGAUUGUACAACAUUUCCUGUCUAUCUUUCGGAGGAAGAAACUGACCAGUUUUACCUGACUCUCUUUCAAGUGCCUGGAGGCUGCGAUUCCAGUUUCCCACUAUGGCUGAAAUCACUGAUGACAAUAUGUUGCUGUGUAAAUGACUGCUACAUUCAGAAUGUGUCCAUCUCUGUACUGCUAGAAGUAAUCAACCAUUCUCAGUCAUUGGCACUGGUGAUUGAAGACAGAAUAAAGCGGUACAAGAUUCCUGGGCAAAAUCCCUUCUUUGGAAGACUGCAGAUGAUCACAGUACCACCUAUUGCUCCUGGAGUUCUAAAGCUAAUUGCAGAAAAAACUGAUUUCUAUCAGAGAGUUGCUCAAGUACUUUGGAAUCAGCUAAACAAAGAAACAAGAGAGCAUCACAACACUUGUGUAGAGCUGUUCUACCGUCUGCAUUGUCUAGCCCCAUCAGCUAAUAUUUGUGAAGACAUUAUCUGCCAUGCAUUACUGGACCAUGAUAAAGGUACAAGGCUGGAGGCACUCUUCCGAUUCUCUGUCAUGUGGCAUUUGACUAGAGAAAUCCAAGGCAGCAGAGUCACUUCCCACAAUCGAUCUUUUGAUAGGUCCCUGUUUGUUGUAUUAGACAGUCUUAAUUGUUCGGAUGGGGCAAUUAGUGCUGCAGCACAAGGUUGGUUAAUACGAGCACUCUCACUCAAUGAUGUUGCACGAAUUCUGGAACCGGUUCUACUACUUCUGCUUCAUCCAAAGACACAGCGCACCUCUGUUCACUGUAUCAAACAGAAAAACUCUGCAGAAGAUGUGCAUCACUGGUAUAAAAAGAAAAGAGCUUCCUUCCAGGAGUCCUUGAGAACGUAUGAACUACAUGAAAGUAGUUCUGAAGAAAGUUUGCCCCUGAGUCAGUUUACAACUGUGGACAGGGAAGCUAUUUGGGCUGAAGUCGAAAAAGACCCAGAGAAAUGUCUGCAAAAAAAUGAACUAUCUGUCAAUGAGCCUCUUUGGUGUGCAGAGUCACCCCAACUGAUGGGUGAUGAGGAUAAUAGUGAACACACAGAGUCUGCUGAUACCAGCACAGGACCUGUUGACAGUGACAAUACUUCAUCCUUCUCUCCUUCUCUGGACCAGCAAGAUAUGAGCAAUGAGGAGAACUGCAGUGCCUCAACAGAGGGCAAAGAAAGCAUGAAGCAUGUUGGAUCUUCUAAUGUUUAUCCUCCUGAUAGUUCCAGAUCAAGUACUAUGCUAAACUUGGUACGUGCAGAUUCUGAGAAAACUCAGGCAUCGGAUUCUCUCUCCAGUGAUGAGGAGGCAGAUUUGGAACUUCAAGCGCUUACCACAUCUAGGUUGCUAAAGCAACAGAAGGAAAGACGGGAGAUAGUCGAGGCUCUGUUCAAACAUGUUCUUUUGUAUUUGCAGCCAUAUGAUUCCAAAAGGGUCCUAUAUGCUUUUUCUGUACUUGAGGCAGUGCUCAAAACAAACCCUAGAGAGUUUAUUGAAGCUGUAGCCACUACUAGCAUGGAUACUAGCUCCACAGCUCAUCUGAAUCUUAUCUACAAUCUUCUAGCCCGCCAUCAGGAAGCUCUUGUGGGACAGAGCUUCUAUGGAAAACUUCAAACUCAGUCACCAACUGUAUGUCCCCAUUCGUUACUAAUAGAACUGCUGACUUACCUCUGUCUGAGUUUCCUGCGGUCUUAUUAUCCCUGUUACCUAAAAGUGGCCCACAAAGAUGUGCUUGGAAAUAGGGAUGUCCAAGUCAAAAGUGUUGAAGUCUUGAUCAGAAUGAUGACACAGCUGGCUACAAUGGCCAAAUCAACAGAAAGCAAGAAUACAGAGUUUAUACGCAACCUGCUUGAAAGAUGCAAAAUUCAAGAGUUUGUCCUUCUUUCUCUGUCUGCUUCUAUGUAUGUAACUCACAAGCACUAUGACCAUAUGAUGGCUGAUAAGACAAAUGGCUUAAGUGAAGACUCUGUCCUUGAAGAGAGCCUCAUCAGUUUUGGUCACAAUCAAAUCUGGAGUGAACACCCUUUACAGAUUGAACUGCUUAAACUUCUGCAAGUGCUUAUAGUCUUGGAGCAUCACCUUGGACAGACUCAGGAGGAACUGGAGAACCAGCUAGGCCUAUCUAAGGAAUGGCAAAGGGCCCUUAACUUUCAGGAGGCGAUUAGUGCUAUGCAGUAUGUGCACCCACACCCUAUAACUUCUCAAGGAUUAUUUGUGUCUGCUGUAGUACGAGGCCUGCAGCCUGAGUAUGGGUAUGGCAUGCAUCCAGCUUGGGUGGGCUUGGUUGCAUAUUCCUUGCCCUACUUUGGGAAAUCUUUAGGCUGGACUGUGGCACCAUUUAUUGUACAGAUAUGCAAGAACCUGGAUGAACUUGUCAAACAAUAUGAACACGAAACUCUGAAGAUGUCAUCGAAGGGAUCUGUGAGCAUCAAUUCUAAGAGGGAGAAUAUUACACCAGAUUACCCUCUAACUCUUUUGGAAGGACUAACUACUAUUGGCCAUUUUUGUCUCUUGGAUCAUCCAAACCAAAUGAAAAAGUCGCCACUGAGUGCGGAUCCUACAAGCCUAAGGAAUGCCAGGAAUGCCAUUUUGGAAGAGCUGCCCUGUAUCAUUAACACCAUGUCCCUCCUUUGGAGUGUCAUAAAAAAGGAAGAAUCUCAAAAAAGACCAGCUGACUUUCUUGGAACAAAAGGCUCCUCUUCCGUUUACUUUAAGGCAACCAAAACAUUAAAGAAGAAAAUCCUAGACUUCUUGAAUCCCCUCACUGGUCAGCUUGGAGUGCAACUAAUAGCUGCAGUAGCAGCGGUGUGGAGCAGCAAAAAAUCUCAUAAGCAUCAAAGCAAGUCAAAGAUACCUCCUGUAGCUAGUACAUCUCAGCUUAUACUAGUUGAUCUGGUUUGUGCACUCAGUACUCUGAAGACUGACACUGUAUUGCAGCUUGUAAAAGAAGUUGUCAAGAAGCCAUCCCAAAUCAAAGGCGAAGAGAAGUCUUCCCUAGUGGAUAUCCCCGUGCUCCAGUUCUGCUAUGCUUUUGUGCAAAGACUAGCUGCCUCAGCUUUGCAGGAGAACUUCCAGUCGUUGUUAGGAGUGCUGAAGGAAUCUGUGCAAUUGAAUUUGGCUCCACCUGGGUAUUUCUUGCUUCUCAGCACCCUGAAUGAUUUUGUAACAAGAAUUCCAAACCAGGAAAAUAAGAAGGAUCAGAAAGAUCUACAGGAGGUAACCCAAAAAAUAUUGGAAGCUGUGGGAAAUGUUGCUGGUUCCUCUCUGGAACAAACUAGCUGGCUGAGCAGGAACCUGGAGGUGAAAGCCCAGCCUCAGAUCUCUUUAGAUGAAUCCAGUGUUGAAGAUGAUUUGUGUGAUACUUCAGCAGUACCUUCCUCCAUGGUGUCUGCCUCUGCUCCAUCAGUAUACAGUGUUCAAGCCCUCUCUCUCCUUGCAGAGGUUCUUGCUUCUCUAUUGGAUAUGGUUUAUCGAAGUGAUGAAAAAGAGAAAGCAGUGCCUUUAAUCUCACGUUUGCUAUACUAUGUUUUUCCUUACUUACGCAAUCACAGUGCCUACAAUCUUCCUAGCUUCCGUGCCGGUACUCAGUUGCUCAGUUCUCUAAGUGGUUAUGCCUAUACCAAACGAGCAUGGAAGAAGGAUGUUCUAGAGCUGUAUAUGGAUCCAGCUUUUUUCCAGAUGGACACUUCAUGCAUUCAUUGGCGAGCUAUUAUUGACCACCUCCUUACUCAUGAGAAAACUAUGUUUAAAGAUUUGAUGAAUAUGCCGAGCAGUUCCUUAAAACUUUACCCAAGUUUUGAGCAAAAAGCAAUGUUAUUAAAGCGUCAAGCCUUUGCUGUUUUCAGUGGAGAAAUGGACCAAUAUCAUCUUUACCUUCCUUUAAUACAAGAGCGACUGACUGACAACUUGCGUAUUGGACAGACUUCCAUAGUAGCUGCCCAGAUGUUUCUGUUUUUCAGAGUGCUGUUGCUAAGAAUUUCUCCUCAGCACCUAACCUCAUUAUGGCCAAUUAUGGUGACAGAACUGAUUCAAGCAUUUAUACAACUAGAAGAGGAUUUAACCGAGGAGGAGGAACCAGCAAAAAGCAGUAGCAAAAUAAGCAAGCAGAAAGCAUCAGCGAAUGGCAAUGGUCCAUUACUCGGAGACAUACAACAGAAUGAACUCACCUUGUAUUUAUCAGCUUGCAAAUUCUUGGACACGGCACUCUCUUUUCCUCCUGACAAGAUGCAGUUAUUUCAAAUGUACAGAUGGGCAUUUGUUCCAGAAGUGGACACUCAGGCUUGCAACAUGUCCUCAGAUCUAUUGGAAAAUCAUCAGGAAUGCAAACCACAUAUUGUCAGAAUCAUGGAUUUAUUGAAGCUCAAAUAUGGGGAACAAAAUACCAAUGAGCGAGCAAUAAAAAAUUGCAACUUCCCUCUUUUGGAUUUUCGUUCUAUAUCAAGUAUCACACAGUUAAUGCCGUUCUUCAGGAUACUGAAUUGUGCUUUUAAAAAUGAAAGCAACAGAUCCCUCAAUAUGCAUACUUCAACAUCUCUCAAAAUGAACUGUCUCAUUGGUAGUGGCACAAGGACUUUGCAGCUACUAGAAACGUGUGUGGAACGUGACUUCAUAGAAAAUAUGGAAAGUUAAUGUACUUGUGAAAGAUAGCUAUCACCAAGUUUCAGCUUCAUUGAAAAGAAUGUACUAGAAUGAAACAUUUUUAAGCAUAUGUGUUUCAUUUGUUUUUCUUCUUCCUGUUGAUGUGGACUACACCUAUCCUAUUUUUGUUGAUCAGGGACAUACUGUCCUCAGGUUUUGUAGGGGCAAACUAGCAUAAUGAUGUCCACAUUCUUAAGAUGAAGCAUUUUUACUUUCAGAUGGAAGUAUACAAAUAUACAGAAGUAUACUUGAUUUGCUUAAUAUAAUGAAGGCAAUAGAUGUGCUGUUGAUCUGAUCUGAUAAUGGCUGUUUAAGAGACACUAGCCUUAUACAGACAUUAGCGCAGAGCGUUGCACAGAAGUACAGCAUGUAAAAUGGGGCCUUAAGUACCACCCUGGCUUCCCAAACACAGAAGUGCCUGCCAUCAUGGAUGUGGCGUUCAUCUCUUCAGACAAACACCAGCAGAUCCAUGAGCGACUCACUGCUGUGAAUGACUGAUGGGGCUGGGGCUGGACUUCCAGCCCUGUUUUACAUGCUGUACUUGUGCACAGCACUUUGCACUGGGCUUUUCAGUCUUGUGGAACUUUUUAAAAGGCAAAAUGCAAGAAUAGACUGUUAAAGAAAUCGGUAGGUGGGGACACUCUUCUAACAACAUUUCAGUUCUGUUUUAGUGCUUCUGCCUUUAAACAGUGCCAUACUGUAAUUUUUCUUAGUUAGUAUGCUAUUUAAAACAAAACAGCUGUCUCAAAUUAUGCAUCUUCUAACAUAAGAUGUAUAUAACCCUUUAAACCUAAUUCCAUCAUCUGCCUAAGGCUACAAACCUCAACACAUUUACUACAUAGUAGGUCUCCAUAAGCAAAAUGGGACUUACCUUUUACUAAAUAUCCUUGGGACUGAGUUCUAAACUAUAUGCUUGCAUGGAAUUUACAGAAGAACUGCUCUUCAAAAACUAUGAAGAAAAUGUUUUACUUGGAAACUUUCUAGACUGAUUUUAAAGUCGUCAUUGCCUUUUACAAAUACUAAAUGGAUACAGUACUUAAUUGUGGUAGGCUAAUACGAAUUUUUUAAGAGUCCUUGCAUACGACUGAUCAGUUAUUGAAAUGCAUGAUUAUAUAAUAAUAUGCAGUGCUGCAUUAUAAGCACUUAAUUUUCUAAGCAAAUAAAUCAGCCCAGCAUUGUAAAUGAUCUGUGCAGGUAUGUAUAUUUACUUCUUACUUCUGCAGAGUAGAUCUUCAUGUGAUUGAAUUUGAGGGAGAUGCCCUUAGCUGCAGCCCCAUGUUAAUAGCACAUUUAUAAUGCACACGUAGAAGUGUGGACACUUCUGGUGUUUGCUUAGGUGGGUACACACAGAAAAAUAGGUAAGAAAACAAAUUUAUAUAUUACAACAUCUCUUAAACCUAAUUACAGUCUGUUAUUUUCACUAUGUUGGAUAUAUGCUUUCCUAUUUUUAUAACUGUUUCUGUAAAGAAUUCUAUUUAUUUUUUUCCAAUAAUGACCACUAGUCAUACAUCUAGCACCUUCACCUCCUGAAAGAACACAUCAGACACAAUCCAGCCCAACUUAAGCAUGUUUAUGUCCCAUUGACUUUCGCAGAAUUGUUGGGCACGUAGCUCAGUAUUUCCUACUGAAAUCGAUGGUAAUUAAAAGUUCUUGGCUUCGUAAUGCCCAAAAAUUUUUGUGCAAUAUUCUUGUGACAAACUUGGAUUUGAAUAUUUAAUACCAAGCGUUUGGAUUUCAACACUGUUUUAAGUGCCCACCAGUACCACAAAAUUUUGGCAAAUAGCAUAAGGGUUUUUGACAAUAUAGGUGGACUUUAUUUCAGGAUUUUAUAUAGUAGAAUAUUGUGUAUUCUUACCUACAGAUCAAUAAUGGGUUUUCUGUAUUCAUUUUGAUACUUGAUAAAAUGCUGCAAUAUACAUUACAUGCUUUACUGUAAUUAUGAUAAAAGGACUAAAAUGAAGCACGAUUCACUUGUUAAUAAUGGGUUGUUAAAAGAUGCAAAUUAAGCUAGUAAACUGCACUGUUUUUCUCAUUAUGAAUGUGAAAUUUAACUCUUCUGAAUGUAAAUUAUUUCAUAGGUUUAAUCACAGAUACAAAGAUGUAGUAUCCAUUUAAAAUACUAUAUUGGAGAUCAUCAAUAUUGUGUAUCUCUUACCAUUUGGAAUUAUAAAUAUUUUCAAAGGUUAAGCAAGUGUUGCUGACACUCAGGAAAUGGAAUAGUCUUCAUACCAGGAUUUAUUCUUGUGCUGCUUUUUCUUCACCAAUAUUGGUGAAAUGCAGCUAAUAGCAGCUCACCAUGCAGUUCACUCCAGGAUGCAAUUUAACCCACUGAGGGAGGUACUAACCUUUCCACUUCUGUUUGUAUCUAACACUAAGCUUGCCUCUCCCAUUUCCCCCAUCCAUUUUCUUUCUUCUCCAUCUUUUUUUUAAUCCAUUCUGUGACUCAGACCAUCUUAUCCAUCAGCUUUCACCACUGAAAGCAUGUUCUUUAGAUAAACGUCUUUACCAAGAAGCAGGGUUGCUUGACAUAUGCUGAAGAUCAUCUUUUUUGCAUUGCAUACUUUAGUGUAGAUCAGGGAUUCUCAGCGUUGGGUCCCCAGAUGUUAUUGGACUUCAACUCCCACAACCCCCAGCCCCAGUGGCCUUGGGUUGGGGAUUAUGGGAGUUGGUCCAAAAACAUUUGGGGACCCAACGCUGAGAAUCCCUGGUGUAGAUCACCAUUCAGCUUUACAAACAGUAUCUGACCUGUCUUUCUCAGGGUCACUCCCCACAUAUUUGACCUAUAAGGUGCAUGUUUGUGAAUGGGAAUUGUAACUUGAAAAGCUGCAUUCAUAAUCCUUUGUUUGGAUCACCAUGCUAUUUUGAGAACUUUCUGUAACAUGUAUAAUUGCACAAUAUCUACCCAAGAAUAUUGACUAAUUUGAUUUAAACAUGUUAUAAUGGCUUCUAAAACUUGAAAACUAUAUGGUCUAGGUUUGGCUAAAAUGACAUAUGCUACUUCCAUUUACAUCAAAUAUAAAGUAAACACAAUUUUGUUGCUUAAAUCGAUACUACUGCUUUAAAUAAGUAAUGGAUGAGACUCUAAGUUACUCUUUAUUACUUAAAUUUAUUUAAAAGAGGUUUAUUGCCAAAGAGUCAAGAUUAAUGUGGUAGAUGAAUAAUAGCUGCUGUGUAUGGUCAUCGUAUGUUUGAAUGUAAUUUUCAUAUUAAAUGUUGUGUUGAAAUGCC